UCAGCACUCCAAGUUACUCCAACAUUUUGUGUCUUUCCUUGAGGAAACAGCAUCUGAAAGUUCAUUGUGGAGGAAGGAACUGCAAAUGCUGGUUUGUACCGAGAUAGACACAGUGCUGGAGCAACUCAGCGGGUCACGCAGCAUCUCAGGAGAAAAAUAAUGGAGAAGGGUCCCGACCCGAAACCUCACCCAUCCUUUUUCUCCAGAGAUGCUGCCUGGCCCGCUGAGUAACUCCAGCACGUUGUGUUUGUCUAUCUACUAUCUACAGUUCCUUUGUUUCGACUAUUUAACUCGCGUUUACUGUUCUAACCCGAAGUAAAUGUAAUUGUGUCAAACUGGGAAAAGUAUCAAGCAGAAAAAUCGCGUGAAACGCAAUUAAAGGUUUGUAAAAUCAUGUUAAGAUUGGCACAAUGAUGGAAACCCCUAUGGAUGAGUCAUGUUGAGUGCGAGCGGGCAGACCGGGGGCGAGCGGGCAGACCGGGGGCGGACUCACCUCGCCCGGGCAGGCGGGCAGGCGGGCGGCUUCGCCACGACAGACCCUAUGACAGCUCCGGCUUCCAGCCUGGGAAAGGGGAGGCGCAGCGGCUGACGCGUAGGAACGAAACUUGCGAAAUCUCCGUUCGUGUCAGCGGCGGACGGGGGCUCCGGGCUGCAGUCUCGCCCUUUCCCGCAGAGACAAACGCUCCGGCAGCGCAAGGCUCAUUGAUCUUCAGCUUGGACUUUUCUCCAGACUUCAUCAGACUCUUGAGAGCUCAAUUUGACAUCAAUGUAGCAUUGAGGAAAAUGACAUCUUCAAUUCUUGUGCCCCUGUUCGGCUUCCUCACAUUGACGUUGGCUUCACCUCCAUCAUUCAGUCUACCUACAGAAUCAUGCCAGAACCAAGGUGUUAAUUUUGACCGCAUUCAUAUUCUGGAAAGAGAAGCAGUGGAGUUGAAAUGCCCUCAAUUGGAAUAUGUAAAGCCUGCAAUGCAGAAUUACAGCGUUAUGUGGUACCACAACAAAACAUCAGAAGAAAUAACAACAGACAAGAAGAAAAGGAUACAUGUGGACAAUGACUCUCUUUGGUUACUUCCUGCAUUAAUUGAAGAUACUGAUCAUUAUAUCUGUGUUGUGAGGUAUUCUACAUUUUGCAUCAAAGAGGCUGUUUCAUUGACAAUUACUAACUCCACUAGUGCAUCAUGCCCACAGAAUGGCUUUUCCUAUUUGUCAACAUCUUAUUCGAGGACAUCAAAAGUAAUUCAUUGCCCUGAAAUCACCAACUAUGUGGAUUUAAGUAGAGAUUUUGCACUCAAGUGGUACAAGAACUGCAAUCCUAUUUCAUAUGGUGAUGCAAAAUACAACUACCACAAGAAUAGAGAGUACCUUACUGUAAACAAUGUGGAGCCUUCAGAUGCAGGAAUAUAUGUUUGUGAGCUACAGUUUAUGCAUAAUGAUUUACAAUAUAAAACAUCAAGAACUAUUGACUUUGAUGUUAAAGGCUGUAAAGCGACUGUAGGUCCAGAAAUAAUGCACCCUGAAAAUGGUACAAUUGAAAUAUCACCUGGUUCAAACUUCAAUUUGUCCUGUGUGGCAUAUGCUGGAUUUUGUGAGUCUUCUGUCAUACUGAUAUAUUGGCUAGUAAACAAUGAAUUUAUUGAAGACUAUAUCAACGAAUCUUUCCAGCUUGAAAAAAGGAAAACUAAUGACGACCAAGGCAACUAUCAUCAACUGAAUAUAAUAUUAACCAAUUUCAAAGAAGAGUAUUAUAACAAAGUAUUUAAAUGUGUCGCAGUAAAUGGUGUGGGAGCUCAAAUUGCAGCUGUUCAUUUUAGAAAAACAGCUGCUGAUUUUACACGAGAGAUCGUAGCUACAUUUGGUGUGUUUGCAUGUGUUUUAUUCAUCUGCAUUUGCACGUACAAGAUUUUCAAGAUUGAUAUUGUCCUGUGCUUUCGUGAUACCUUUGUAGUAAAUAGUUCUGAAAAUGAUGGGAAGAAAUAUGAUGCAUAUAUCAUAUAUCCACAAAGCACUUGUUCACCAAACAGUCCUGAUGUACUUAUCUUUGUUAUGAAUAUAUUGCCACGAGUUUUGGAAUUCCAGUGCGGAUAUAGGUUGUUCAUACCUGGAAGGGAUGAUCCUCCUGGAGAAGCUUUAGUUGAACAAGUAAAAACAAAUAUCAAAGAAAGCAGAAGACUGAUUAUUUUGAUGGCAAAGUCUGUGGAUAAAUGGCUGUUUGAGCAACAAGUUGGAUUGCACGAUGCACUGCUGUGUGACGAAGUGAAAGUUAUUCUAAUUGAGCUGGAGCAUCACGAUGAUUAUAGUGACUUUUCAGAAUCAAUGAGACAUAUUAUACAAAAGAAAGGAACCAUUAAAUGGACAAAAAAAGAAUGGACUGCAAAAUCUCCAUCUUCAAACUCAAAAUUUUGGAAACAAGUGAGAUAUAAUAUGUCAUCAAGAUCUCCCCAGUCACAGGAAAAUAUUCACCUCAUUUAAAAUGCACCAAAUGGGACUCAAUCCAUCUUUGUAUAGACUGAAGAUUUCUAAACUUACUCCCAUAGGUAAUUAUGUAAAAUGAAGAGGUGUAUUACAAAACACCAGGAAUUAGUUUAUACAUGGGUUUGCCGUUACGAUCUAGGAGGUCAGAAGAAUUCCAUUUUGGAAUAUUAUGAACUUCAAGGAAAUUUAAACCCUUUAAUUUUUUUCAAAACUUUAUAGUGUCAUAUGAUUUUGAAGGUUAUACCUUUUUAGUUCAUAAUUUUAUUUUAAAACUGUGCAACAUCUGUACUUUAUAUUUAAUAUAGCAUAUAAUGUACAAAAAAUAGAUUUUGUUUUGUACAUUUUCAGUAAAUAGAUUCAGAUUCCUCAUUUUGUCAUAUCUAAAGAUUACUAAGCACAAUCUAAAAGCAGAUUUGUAAUGUUGGAUAUGUACUAUCGAAUAUGCUUUUAAUCUUACAUAAGAUCCAUUUUGUAGAAACUAGAUUUUUUUUUAAAUAUAAUUUUGUUUUGUGGAAGAGUACGUUACAGAAUGUUAUGAAUUUGACACCUUGCACAAACCUUAAAUACACCCCGUGUGACUAUUAAAAGUCGAUAAUGAGAAACAACCGUACAGAGCUCAUUUGUGUGAAAUAACUUAAUGAACCAGAUCGGGUGGUGCCAUUGAGUAUGGCUGCCUCGCCUGCAGCUGUUUGUCCUUCCAUCUUUUUAUUUUUAGUCUGUCAAAAAGUUUUGUUAUGGAGGUCUUUGAGUCUUUUUAUGUGGGGGAAGGGGGAAACCUUUUUAGUCACUGCCAUCGCAGUGACGAAGUACCAUCGCAGAACGGACGAUGCCUUAUUGGGGUCUCCGUGUGGAGGUCCGGAGUGCUGGGACUGCCGAUUUUAACACCGUGGAGCUGUGGUCUGCGGAGCUUUCAGCCGUGGGCGGCACAGCUUUAACAACGCGGGGUCCUGUGAUCUUUCGCCGAGGAUUGCCGUGUGGAGCUCCGCCCAACUCGGCCUGUGGACUUCGGGAGCUGUGGUCUCCGGUAGGAAGCGGCCGAUUCAGAACUCCAGGCCGCUGAGAGUGUUCUUCCGAUGCUGGAGUUCCAUCAUCUGGCGAGAGGGCCUGAACAUCGGGCCGCCGUUGCGGCGACUGCGGAGGCCUCAAUAGGCCCCAACCACGGGUGAUCAUAGAGGAAGUGGACUGAACUUCCCUCACAGUGGGAAACUUUGAUUCUGCUGUGUGAGCAUGUUAAUGUUAAAUUCUUCCGUGUGUUGUGUUAUUUUUAUUUGUAUGGCUGUAUGGCAACCCAAAUCCCGCUGUACCAAUUGGUAUAGUGACAAUAAAUGUAAACUUGAACUUGAAUCAAUAAACAAAAAGCAAAGUGCUGGAAGAGUGGGUCAGGCAGCAUCUGUGGAAGAAAUGGACUGACAACGUUUCAGGUUGGGACCCUUCUUCAUUCUGAUUAUUAAGUUUGGCUGCACAUUUCAUUGUUCGUUAUAAUCAGUAUACCUUAUACUGAAAAUUCUAUUAAAUAUAUUGGA